AUGGCAGAUUGGUCGUCCGUAGCGCAAGCCAUUGCAAUCGUUUGCGCUGGUUGGAGCACCUUCGUCUAUGCCGUUCAAUCAAUCGGUAUCGUGAGAAUCUUCCUCUCGUACUCUUCUCGUCUGCGACCUGCUAUCUCCCCUUCUCUUAAGACGGAAGAUGUACCGCACAUCACCAUUAUCCGCCCUGUCAAAGGCCUCGAGCAUGGCCUCUACGAAUGCAUAGCUUCCUCGUUUCGCCAAGACUAUCCGCGCGAUAAACUGACGAUCCACCUCUGCGUGGCCGAGAAGAGCGAUCCGGCAUACCCUGUUUUAGUCAAGCUGGUGCAGGAUUUCCCUGGUUUCGAUGCUCGAGUGCUGGUCGAGGAGGAAGAUCCGCUGCUACACGGUACUGCUGGCCACAUCGACAACCUGGGACCCAAUCCAAAAAUCAGAAACAUCAGCCGCGCAUAUCGAGAGGCCAAAGGCGAUAUCAUCUGGAUUAUGGAUUGCAAUAUCUGGGUUGCCAAGGGCGUUGCUGGCCGGAUGGUUGACAAGCUCUUGGGAUACGGACCGGGUGGGAAACAAGUCAAACCAUACAAAUUUGUCCAUCUUUUGCCAACUGUCGUCGAUACUGUGUCUCGAGGAGACAUUUCAGCAGAGACGCAAACGCUGCUAUCUUCAACUUCUGAGCCCGGCUCCUCGCACAACGUCACAGGCAAAGGCCAGAGAAUCUCAUUUCUCGAUUAUGCGAAGAGCCAAGGCGGUGGCCGACUCGAUGAGAUGUUCAUGGCCACAAGUCACGCCAAAUUUUAUAGCGCAAUCAAUACUGUUGGUGUCGCCCCUUGCGCCGUCGGCAAGAGCAACAUGUUUCGCAAAUCCCACCUGGACACCGUGACGGAUCCGUCGCAAAACCCGAUACUACCCGCCAACAAGAACCUGCCCAAGGGAAUCAACUACUUCUCCGAGUACAUCUGCGAGGAUCACCUGGUUGGCGAUCUAUUGUGGAAGUCGAAUCUACCGGGUAUGAAGAACCAUGGCCUCGUCAUGGGUGACCUUGCCAUUCAACCAAUGGCCGGCAUGUCGGUCAACGCAUAUUUUGCCCGUCGCGCCCGAUGGCUUCGUGCGCGGAAAUGGACAGUCCUCGCCGCCACGCUAGUCGAGCCCGGCGUCGAAAGUCUGCCGUGCUGCGGCUACUUUGCUUUUGCCGUCACCACCCUUCCCUGGUUCCACAACACCUUUGGCACCGCACAAACCUGGGGAGCUUUCGGCAUUUACUGGAUGGCCUUUGUGACCAUCUGGAUGGCAUUUGAUUGGUUCACAUACAACCGUCUUCAUGCUGGCUACACUGUUGAGGUGGACGAGAAUACGCCCAAGUUUGCCCGGGGCACUGCGACACCCGGCGGAGCACCUCCAAGAACCUUUUUGGAGUGGCUUCCCGCUUGGCUUGGUAGAGAGCUUCUUGCUCUUCCAAUUUGGACCUGGGCUGUUUUCUGCGGCUCUACGGUCGAUUGGAGGGGUCGGACCUUCAACGUUCGGUCGGAUAUGAGCGUUGUGGAGAUUGGUGAGCAAGCUUCCACUGGAUCGCAGGGUUUAUUGAAUAGUUUGACUGGCAUAGAGGGUGGCCAACGGUCGAGAAGCAAGGACCGUUUGGAUUGA